AUGGGGUGCACGCGCGACGCCAUCCUGGAGGCGCUGGAGAACCUGACUGCCGACGAGUUCAAGAAGUUCAAGCUGAAGCUGCUUUCAGUGCCCCUGCGCGAUGGCUACGGGCGCAUCCCGCGGGGGCCACUGCAGUCCAUGGACGCUGUGGACCUCACUGACAAGCUCGUCAGCUACUACCUGGAAGCGUAUAGCACCGAGCUGACUGCCCAAGUGCUGCGGGACAUGGGCAUGCGGGAGGCCGCAGAGCGGCUGCAGGAUAUCACAGGCAAAGGCUCUGCAGCGGGGCCAGCCGAGAUCACGGUCCCCACCCGAAAGGCAGCCGAGUCGUCAGGGCCGCACUUCGUGGACCGCCACCGGGCCGACCUCAUUGCACGGGUCACAGACGUGGACGGGGUGCUGGACGCUCUGUACGGGAAGGUCCUGGCAGAGGAGCAGUACCAGGCUGUGCGGGUGGAGGCCACCAAUCCGCUGAAGAUGAGGAAGCUCUACAGCUUUGCUCCAGCCUGGGACCUGACCUGCAAAGACCUGCUCCUUGAGGCCCUGAAGAACACCCAACCCUACUUGGUGGCUGACCUGGAAAAAAAGAGCUGAGGCAGCAGCUGGAACAGGGGUUGGUGUGCUGAAUGAAUCAAUUAUUUUUAUACACAAUAUAUUAGAAGAAACCACUGUGUACUUGGGUGGGCUUUUUCCUACUUCGAGCCUAGAAGCACAUGCAGAGCUAAGCUACCUACCUAAAUGCCACAGAGGCUCAGGGGAAAUUCUACUUCACUGCUUUUCCUGGGCAGCAGGCUCCCCAAACACUUCAUCCUUCCUGCCUCCAUCACCGUGGUGAACAUCCUUCAGUCACCAUUUAGAAGCAUUGGUCCUAGGAGCCAAGAGUUGAAAACAGCAUUCAUCAGUAGUUAAAUGGAUAUAUAAAUUAGUGGUAUUUCAAACAGUGGAAUUCUAUACAACAAAAAUGAAUGAUUAUA